AUGACUUCCCAGGUCUUCUUCCAUUCUGAUGCCGUUUCCUUCAAGGAACAGCCCACACAGAUGCUGCUGAAUGAAGCAUUAGUAUUACCAAAGAACUACCAACAUCUCCUAGCCUUGGUGUUUGCAAUCCAUGAAAUCAAUGAAGAUCUUAAGAUCCUUCCCAAUAUCACUUUGGGGAUCCGUAUCUAUGAUAGUUACCACAAUGCCCAGAUGACCUACAAGAGCACGCUGAACCUGCUUUCAGCACGCCGGAGGCUCAUCCCCAACUACAAGUGUGGCCUCCAAAGCAACCUGAUAGCUGUCAUUGGGGGACUUGGCUCUGAAACGUCACUUCACAUGGCAACCAUCUUCAACCUGCACAAGAUUCCACAAUUCACCUACGGUUCCUUUGCCCCAGGGCUGAGAGACAAAGCACGCUUCCUUUCUGUGUACCAGAUGGUCCCAAACGAAGUUGAUCAAUACAGGGGAAUUGUUCUAUUGCUUCAGCAUUUCAGAUGGACGUGGAUUGGGAUUUUUGUUGUGGAUGAUGACAACGGGGAAAAUUUUUUGCAGAUGCUCACCCCACUGCUUUCCCACAAUGGCAUCUGCCCUGCCUUUGUAGAAAGAACCCCUGAACUGACCUAUACACAUGACAUAACUGAUUUAUUUUUCAAACUGAUUGAAAGGAAUGUCGUUUUCAUGGAGAACAGAGUCAAAGUUUUUGUUGUCAAUGGAGAAUACCCUUCCAUGAUGAAUAUGAGAUUCAUGCUCUACGGAGCAUUACUCAUGCAUUCACUUUCUCUUAGUGGAAAGGUGUGGAUUGUGACAUCGCAGUGGGAUUUUGCAUCAAUGACCACUCAAAAAAACUGGGACUUACAGCCUUUUCACGGCGCAAUAUCCUUUGCUGUUCACUCCAAGGAGCCCCUGGGAUUCCGAAACUUCCUUCAGAUCGUAAGGCCUUCCUGGGCAAAAGGAGAUGGCUUUAUCCAGAAUUUCUGGGAACAGGCAUUCAACUGUUCUCUAAUCUUAUCUGACGGAGACGAUGAAUAUAAGAAUACCUGCACCAGGGCAGAGAAAUUGGAGACCCUGCCUGGGCCUUUUUUUGAAAUGUCUAUGACUAGCCACAGUUACGGGGUCUACAAUGCCGCACAUGCUGUGGCACAUGUUUUACAUGCUCUGUCCGAAUCCAGAUCCAAUCUCAAAUUGUUUGGGAGCAGACUGCAACUGAAGCAUCAGACUAUGCAACCAUGGCAGCUCCAUCCAUUUCUGGAAAAUGUCUUGUUUAACAACAGUGCUGGAGACACAGUCCGUUUUGAUGAAAAUGGGGAAUUAGUAGCCGGAUUUGACAUUAUCAACUGGGUCACUUUUUCAAACAACUCAUUUAUUAAAGUCAAACUUGGAAGCCUGGAUCUUCAAGCUCCUUUGGGCGAAAAACUGACCAUCAAUGAUGCCCUGAUUGCAUGGCAUGGAAGCUUUAACCAGGUGCUGCCCCUUUCUUCGUGCAACGAUCAUUGUAGUCCUGGUUGCAGAAGGCAAAGGAAAGAGGAGAAACCGUUUUGCUGUUAUGACUGUACUCCAUGUCCAGAGGGAAAGAUAUCUGACCAGAUGGACAUGGAUGACUGUGUCAGUUGCCCAGAAGAUCGCUAUCCAAACCAGGGCCAUGACCAAUGCAUGCCCAAGACUCCGACCUUCCUGUUGUUUGAAGAACCUUUGGGCAUCCUUCUAACCUUUCUGGCUCUGCUCCUAUCUCUGGUUACAGCCCUGGUGCUUGUCGUCUUUGUUAAGUACCAGGACACUCCCAUAGUCAAAGCCAACAACCGGAAUCUGUCCUACGUCCUCCUCGCCUCUCUCCUGCUUUGCUCCCCUUGUUCGCUGCUGUUCAUUGGACAACCUACACAGGUGACCUGCCUCCUCCGACAAACCGCUUUUGGCAUCAUCUUCUCAGUGUCUGUUUCUUCAGUGCUGGCCAAGACUGUCACCGUGGUGGUGGCUUUCCUGGCCUCUAAACCAGGGAACGUUUUCCGAAAAUGGAUGGGGAAAAAAUUGUCAGUGCGUAUCGUCUUCUCCUGUUCCCUUGUUCAGGUGGGCAUUUGUGCCAUUUGGCUGGGCACUUCCCCUCCAUUCCCGGAUGUGGACAGGCACUCAUUAACUGAAGAAAUUAUAUUGGUAUGUAAUGAAGGAUCAGUGACCACGUUUUACUGUGUUUUGGGCUACAUGGGUUUCCUGGCUGCCGUCACCUUUACAGUGGCUUUCCUAGCCAGGAAAUUACCUGAUGCGUUCAACGAGGCCAAGUUCAUCACCUUCAGCAUGCUGGUCUUUUGCAGUGUUUGGCUGUCCUUUGUUCCCACUUACCUGAGCACUAGAGGGAAAAGCAUGGUGGCCGUAGAGAUCUUCUCCAUCUUGGCCUCCAGUGCUGGGUUGCUGGGCUGCAUCUUUUCCCCCAAAUGCUAUGUCCUAAUACUGAGGCCUGAGCUGAACAGCAAGGUUGAUAUUAAGCACCAGACUCACUCUAAAGCAAAAAGCGUCCAUCUUAGUGUAAUAAAGGGAUCCUUGUCAGAGAAAGUUCAUUCCAUCAGUGUACCUCACCUUGAAGAAGCCACCCGCCCCAAUUUACUCGAAGCUUCUAAAGAUGCUCAAGGUGAUAAACACUUAUUGCUUGAAAAUUCCAUUGAAAGAGAUCCAAUCAGUGGAGUACUCCUGAGUUGUAGAAAGUGGAAUGAAAAACUGAAGCUCCUGAGGGGCUCCCCUGAGUUGCCCUCCUUCCACGAGUAUCAGGAGAGAGAAGCCCAUCAGUUCAAGGUUAAUUGUUCCAAAUAA